AUGAUUUCCAAGCCAUCGGACAGUUCCUCGGCCAGCACUCCGUGGUUGGUCGGCGCGCUCUUCAUCAGUCUGACCCUGUUCCUCACCCAGGCCCUGCCCAACAUCGCCUCGACCGGCGCGGCCUUCCGACACACCUUCGCUGCAGGCUGGCCGCGGCCCGCCCAACAGGCGUUCACGAACAGCAACCACAAAGCCGCGGGGGAGGGCGCCGGGCUGGCGGCGACGGCGGCGGUCGACCUGCAGGCCGGGCUGCCCGGCUUCAGCUCCGUCCGGGUCGUCUCGCUCAAGUCCCGCGCCGACCGCCGCACACACAUGCACACCCUCGCCGCCUUCCUCCGCCUCCCCAACCUGCGCUUCACCGACGCCGUCCUCUACUCCGACCCGCGCGUCCUCGACAUCGUCCGCCGCGUCGGCAACAACACCAAGGCGGACAAGGGGAUCGCCGAGGUCGGCCAUGUGGCCUGCCGGAUGUCCCAUCGACUGGCCAUCGAGGCUGCCGACGCCGCCGACGACCAAACCACCCUCAUCCUCGAAGACGACGUCGAUAUCGAGGCUGCCUUCAAGUAUCUCGCCGGCACUGUGCUCAGGGACGUCCCCAAAGACUGGGACAUCAUCUUCUUCGGCCACACCGACUUCAGCGACGAGGCGCGCAACGGGCGGGACCCUUCGACGAGCAAUUUCUUCAUCUACAAGUCCGUCGAGCCGCAAGGAGGCCAUGGAUAUGCGUUAUCGAGGAAGGGGCGCAAGCUGGUCCUCGAUCUGCUGGACAACAAGCGGCCGGAGGUGUACGAGACGGACGCGGGCCAGCCGGUCGACGAGAUCUUCAUGUAUCUGGCCCGGCUCCACCGCGCCCAGCUCUACUCAGUCAUCCCCGACAUGAUCGUCCAGCUGCCGCUCUUCAAGUCCGACAUCUUCGGCACCCCCGCCGGCUUCGACGACGGCAUGCACGCCAAGAAGCUGCUCGACUCCAGCUUGCGUCGCAUCGCUGCCGCCAGCCCUCCUCCCCCCUCCCUCACGCCCAUCGGCCAGCCUGCGCCCCGAACAGUUGCCCGGCGCUCGCUUCAUGCUUCCUAA